AUGCAUAUUUCUACCCGAUAUGGAUAUCCGAAAGAUCGACAGCUGCCACCCAAGAUAAGAUACCGUCAAAAUAACUUACCGUUCUUCAUGACUCAAGUGAAGGAGAAAGAGAAACUACCGGAGGUGGAUAUCGAGGCCGCAUCAAUCGUGUCUCUCCCUGGCAACAAGCUCAAAAAGCACCUCAAGCCCAGACAUGUCAAUUUUAUAGCUCUGGGCGGAUCUCUUGGCGUUGGGCUUCUUAUCGGAAGUGGAGGCUCGCUGGCGAUCGCAGGACCUGUCGGGAUGCUGCUUUCGUACACGAUCAUGGGCUUUAUCACGAUGUGCACCCUGUUCUCGCUGGCCGAGAUGUGCUCUUUUCUGGGCAGCGAGGGUAAUUUCGUUGAGAUGGUGUCGCGAUUCGUGGACAAAUCGGCCGGGUUCGCGUACACGUGGUGCUACGCGCUUGGCUUCAAUCUGACACUGCCUUCUGAAAUCUCGUCGAUCUGUCUGCUGAUCGGUUACUGGGACACGGAGAAAAAACUGCCCGACUAUGCGAUUGUGCUGAUUUUCACGUUUUUCGUGCUCAUGGUCAACAUCGUGGACGUGGGGGCCUACGGGGAGGUAGAGUUCUGGAUCACCAUGGUCAAGGUUCUUCUGAUUGUGGGAAGCAUGAUUUUCUGUCUAAUUGCUACCUGCGGUGGCAACCCUUUGCACAAGACUACGGGCUUCCAGUACUGGAGAGAUCCCGGACCCUUCGUGCACUAUCUAUCAGAUAAGCCGAUUGGAAAGUUCUUGGGUGUCUGGAGAGUGUUUGUCAACGCCGGUUUUGGCUUUCAGGGAACCGAGGUCGUUGCUCUUACAAACAGCGAGGUGCCCAGUUUUAGGAAACUGGCCCCUUCCCUCAUGAAGUCGGUGGUUGUCCGGAUUAUCACAUUCAACGUGGGUUCCCUGUUCAUGGUCACUUUGAUGGUUGCUUCCAACGACAGCAAGCUUCUGAGCGCAGUCAACGCGGGAGCAGGAAACGGGGCAGAGUCGCCGUUUGUCAUUGCCGUGGAAAAUGCCGGAGUGAAAGUGCUUCCCUCGAUAGUCAACGGCGGCAUCCUCAUUUCUGCCAUGUCUGCCGCCAAUACGCAGAUCUACAUUCCGUCCAGAACGUACUUCUUUGGCCAGAAAUAUGGCUACUGUCCUAAAUUCCUCACUAUCACCAACAGGAACGGCGUGCCGUACUACUCGGUGAUCUGCAACGCCGCGUUCGGCCUUCUUGCGCUGCUGACGCUCAACAACACCGCCGAGCAGGUCUUCAACUGGCUGAUGAACCUGACCACCGUUUUCGGAUUCAUUGGCUGGACAUUGAUCAAUUACUCGUUCAUCAGAUACUACUACGCAUUGAAAAAGCAGGGCAUAGACCGAGACGGGCUCCCAAUUUACAAAUCACCUCUCCAGCCGUACUCGGCAAUUUUUGCAGCUUCGAUUCUGGUGUUAAUCGCGUUCACGCAGGGCUUCACGGCGUUCAUUCCGUGGGACACUCAGAACUUCUUUGCCGCGUACAUCUCUCUGGUGAUUUUUGCUGUUUUCUGGAUUGGUUACAAAUGCUGCACCCGAAAUUUCGCACAGAUUCCGCUGGAGGAUAUCGACUUGAGCUAUCCCCAUGACGAAGAGGAGCUGGAGUACGACUCAAAAGCGGCAAAGUUCAUGGAUAGGAUUUUUGGAUAG